UGUCUGUCUGUCUGUCUGUCUCUCUCUCUCUCUCACCCCAACUGGUCGAGACAGACGACCACCCACCUAGAGCCGGAGGAUCUGUCCUAGGUUUCUGCCUUUUAACAGGCAGUGUUUCCUUGCCCUUGUCUCCAAGGUCUUGCUCAUGGUGGUACUGUUGGGUCUCUGUAAUUAAUGUUAUAAAGAGUUCGGUCUAGACCUGCUCUAUUUGAAAAGUGUCCUGAGAUAACUUCUGUUAUGAAUUGGUGCUAUACAAAUAAAAUGUAAUUGAUCAGUAAUCAAUACUCACAUUAAUCAAACUAAUACAGUCAGCAACCUGAUCAGCCUUCAGCAGUUAGCUAGUGUUUCUGUAGUGGAGACUAAACGUUAACAAUGAUCCAUAUCAGCAGUUUGAAUCCAACUAAAAGCUCCCUGCACCAAACUCCCUUUAAGAAAUAUCACAUUUUAACAAUUCCUAACGUGUUCGUAACAACACGUAACUCUAGAAACACGAGCUAAAGGCCGUCAUAUGUCCACAGUCUGACUGUCAAUACAGGAUCAAUAUCAUCCAUAAAGAUACAGUGUAUACUGAUCAAUAAUCCAUAAAGAUACAGUGUAUACUGAUCAAUGUCAUCCAUAAAGAUACAGUGUAUACUGAUCAAUAAUCCAUAAAGAUACAGUGUAUACUGAUCAAUAAUCUAUAAAGAUACAGUGUAUACUGAUCAAUAUCAUCCAUAAAGAUCCUGCCAGGAUUGGCCUGGUAAAUGCUAGAUCACUAGCGAACAAGACUUUUGUCUUUAAGGACUUCUUCACGUCCCGAGGAUUGGAUUUCCUCUGUGUGACUGAGACAUGGCUGAGUGUUGGUGAAUCCAGGGCUUUCACUGAACUUUUACCCCAUGAUUGCUGCUACUUUAACCCCUCGCGGACGUCGGGCCGAGGAGGAGGAAUAGCGACUGUCUAUAAGAGUCAUUAUAAAUUGUCUUCGGUGUCUCUGAUAUGAGCAGCUCUGCUCAGAGGAAGAGGAGGACCACAGGAAGUCCUCUGGGUUCCAGAUCCAGCACCAAGACCAGCAGAGGGGUUAACGCUAGGAGGACGGCUGUCACUAACAGAGCGGCUAACAUUAGCAGGACGUCAGAUGGUGACCCCGCCCCCCCCACAGAAACCAUCGACGUGAUGGACAACACUGAGGACAGUGUGGAGGAGGUGGUGGAUCUGACCUGUGAGGGAUCAGAGGCUCCUGUGGUCGACCUGACCAACAACGACUCAGUGCUGCUGGUAGACGAAGGUCCUCAGAACAGGAGAGUCACCACAGGGGAGAGUUACGUCGUCAGCAGUGAUGAAGACGAGGACACGCCCCUGUCCUCAACGCUGCAGUCAUAUCGUCUCUACAGACCCACAGCUCCUCCAGGUCAACUCCGGGGGACGAUCAGCUGUCCUGUCUGUCUGGACUCGUACUCUGAGAUCGUCGAGAGCGGCCGAUUGGUUGUUUCCACUAAAUGUGGUCACGUGUUCUGCAGCCAGUGUCUGAGAGAUGCUCUGACAUCAUCACACACCUGCCCUACCUGCAGGAAGAGACUGACCCACCGCCAGUACCACCCCCUCUACAUCUGACAUCACACUGACAUCACAGGAUGCUUUUGUACUCAGUGAUCACUGAUUGAUUAUUGAUUAAUGUAUAUUAUUGAUUAUAUUGAUCUAGUUUGUUUUCUGCAGGUUGUUGUUUGUUUCUGAUCGUUUCUGCAGCUGGAUUUUAUUUUUACUGUGGAUGAUCAAUAAAUUCUAUUCAUUCCUGUGGAA